GGUUGUCAGAUAUCCUUUCCUAUACACUUAUUUAGUCAAAGGGACAUAAUUAUUUUAUUUGGUAAUCUUGCUUCCUCAGUUAAUAAUCAGUUCAAGAGGAACUCGGUUCUCUUUACACAUUUAAUUCCACGUCUCAUUUCUCCUGGCACGUCAUCACACAUUACUUGUAAAAAAUAAAAUAAGUGCCUUCCCACGAUCAAUCCAAGAUGGACGAUGAGACAAGAAGAACAAAAUACAGCACUGCCGACCUGGUCAAGUUUGGGCUCAAAAUGCCCCUCAACGAGUUGGCCGUAGCGUUGCAAACGCUCAUUUGGGAUGAAACUUCGCCCGUUAAUCCGGUCCCCCCUGGGGGAGGAAUCCUGCUGUUUGGGCCCCCCAACUGUGGCGGAGAACACCUCCUGGACACUGUGCUGGACCAGAUCGACUGCGUUCAAAAGUUCCCCCUGAAAUGGGAAGCCCUCCAACACCGCCCGAAACCGGACUAUGUCAAGAACGUGUUCCAAGAGGCGAGGGACGCGAAACGUGCCGUCAUCGUGAUCGAGUCGUUCAACGACCUGCUCUUCUCGCUCCACUGCAGGGAACAAAUACUGAAAGAAGUGUACAAUUUGGUGACCACAGUCCGGGCGAAUGUCUUCAUCGUGGUCCACGCCACGGAGCCGUGGACCAUUGGGGACAAAAUUUUGACGCUGUUCAAGCACAAGAUUCAUAUUCCAGGGCCAACAGAUGAGGCGAGGGCGACCCUGCUGGACACUUUUUUGACCGAGGUGAGGACUGAGAACGAAUUGAAAAAAUCCUAUGAAAUGUCCAACGCCGAUCUCAAGCUGAUUGUGGAACUUCCGUCCAUGAGAAAGGCGACAUGGAAGGAUUUGCAUGACUGCUCAGUCGAUUCAUUUCAGCACGCUGUCCGCAGUUAUUUCGGCCUCUCGUCCGACCAGGAUCUCGACUUGAUCAACUUGGACCCCGGGGAGGAAGACGUGAUGAAAUCGAGCCUCAUCAUUGCCACUGAGCACUUGAGGGCUGCCGUGGGUCAAAUGAAGAUCAAAAACUCGUCCUGUAACGAACUCGAGGAUUUGAAAAAGUUUAAAGAACGGUGGGGAAUCAAGGUGUACUCGAACCCCGUCGUCCCUGUGGAUUAUUAUCCCUGUGAGAAAAAAGAUAAGGAGAAAACAGGGUGGGAAAGUUUCUUGGGAUUCUUUGCGGAGGCUGUGGAAUUGUGUUUUUAAGUUUUUUUUUAUAGAAAAGAAAAGUCAUGAUACGAAAAUAUUUAUGAUUUUUUACGUAUGAAUAAUCAUUAUGCAAUUAAUUUUACUUUAUGCGAUGAUCGUAACUUGCACAAUUUUGUUAUGUAAAUAAAUAGCUCAUAAAACUUAUUAUUCUUAAAAUACUGAUUUGAACAGUAAGCAACACCAGCGACUUCUUAGAAAUCAGAGUGAGAUUAAGUCAAUGAUAACAUUUGUUUGAAAACUAGCUGCAUUGUUUGAAUCCCAGUCCAUGAAACAACAACAAAGUACUUUCCUUAUCUUGUUGUCCCUUAUUCAGAAUUCUAUGAAAAUCAUGCAAGAUAAUUGGGUUUUGUUAAAUAACUGUUAAUUUACUAAUAAUUUUGAGUUCAUGAUUCAUGCUGCAGAAUAAUAUUGAGUGGUUGUUUGAGAAAUUUUUGGAUUUCUUACAUAACGCCAUUUAAACUACAUAGGUUAAUAAAACAUGCGCGCACAA